AUGGUAUUGCUCUUACCAUCACGUGAUGUGAAAUCGAUGAGCACAUACCAGAAUCACCUUGUGGUCGCACACGGAGAAAUAAAGAACAGAGUCCAUUCCUUUAUUAAACAGCCUUUGUUUCAACUGAGUUUCGAGCAUUAUAAUCAAUCACUACUACUCUACUCUAAUUUCAAUUUCCAAAUCUUCGUCUCUUCUUUGCGAAAAAAGAAAAAGAAAAAAGAAGAGGCAAAAACAGGAGUGUUUUCAGGAGGUUUUGGUUUUGGAGGCCAUCGCUGCUGUAAUUCCUUCUCACAAAUGGCUUUAGUGAAGCGUAAAAGAGAGUCAUCACCGUCACCAUCUUCUUCUUCAACACGUCAGCCAAAAUCCGCUGCAUUUCUUAGUUUUAGGGGUGAGGAUACUUGUACUAAUUUUAGUGACCAUCUAUAUGUUUGCUUUGAAAUGAAAGGGGAUUAUUACUUUUAGGGAUGAAGAAGAACUCAAGAAAAGAGAACGUAUUUCUAAGCUCUUCAAUGCAAUUGAAGAAUCAUAGUUUGCUAUCAUCAUUCUCUCAAAAAAAAUAUGCAUCUUCUACGUGGUGUUAGGAUAAGC